AUGUCCCAGGCUGCGUUUCCUAGCACUACGAGCGGGGAUCACCAGUUGGCGCAUGGUAACUCGGACCCACUUGACCCAAGACUACAUUCAUUGCUACGGUAG